AUGCCGAACCCGAUCAUCGUCGUCGCCUACGGCCUCCUCCUACUCCUCCCCCUGCGCAAUCCCACCUGCCGUGCCGCGACGGACACCAUCUCAGCUGGGCAGGUACUCGCCGGCAAGGACACGCUCGUCUCCAGCAACGGCAAGUUCGCGCUGGGCUUCUUUAGACCGAACAGUAAGUCCUCGCACCAUGCCUCCAACUGGUACCUGGGCGUAUGGUUCAACACAGUCCCAAAGUUCACUCCGGCGUGGGUGGCCAACGGAGAUAAGCCCGUCGCUGGCACCACUUCGCCGGAGCUCGCAAUCUCCGGCGACGGAAACCUGGUCAUCAUAGACCAGAGCACCAAGUCCAUCAUCUGGUCUACCCAAGCCAACACCACAGCAAACAGCACCAGAGCCAUGCUACUGAAAACCGGUAACCUCGUCCUGCAAAGCACCUCAAACUCUUCCCAUAUCUUGUGGCAAAGCUUUGAUUACCCAACGGAUACUCAUCUCGCCGGCGCAAAGCUUGGUCGAGACAAGGUCACCGGACUGAACCACCGUCUUGUUUCCAGAAAGAACUCGAUAGAUCCUGCUCCUGGUAUGUAUGUUUAUGAGUUGCAUGAGAAGAACGGUUCUGCCCGGUUCAGUCUUGCAGUACUGAACUCGUCCAGACCAUACUGGUCCAGCGGAGAAUGGAACGGGCACUACUUUGGUUCUAUACCAGAGAUGUCAGGUCGCCAGCUGAUUGAUUUUACAUUCGUCAACAAUGAACAAGAGGUGUACUUCACAUAUACCUUGCUGGAUGACGCGACCAUCAUGCGUUUUGCGCUAAAUAACUCUGGUCAGGUCAAGAUACUCUUGUGGGUUGAGCGUGCACAGGACUGGGUACCAGCCUACACCAGCCCCAACGACCAUUGUGAUGUGUAUGGCAUCUGUGGGCCUUUCACAAUCUGCGAAGAGGACAAGCUUCCUUACUGCAGCUGUAUGGAGGGCUUCUCCAUAAGAUCGCCUGAUGACUGGGAGCUAGAAGAUCGAACAGGCGGCUGCAUGAGAAAUACUCCAUUAGAUUGCAGAAUCAACAACACCACAAGUAUGCAGGACAGGUUCUACUCCCUGCCAUGUGUCGGUUUGCCCGACAAUGGCCACAAGAUAGGAGAUGCUACAAAUGUAGAUGGAUGUGCACAAGUUUGUCUGCGCAACUGCAAUUGCACUGCAUAUUCCUAUGGUUACAACGGAUGUUUUGUUUGGGAUGAUGAAUUAACCAAUGUGAAACAGCAACGAUGUGGUGAUAUUGGUAACAAUAACCAAGCUACUCUUUACCUCCGCCUUGCCAACAAAGAGGUGAAAAGGUUGGGAAGGAACAGGCGACGGAUAAUAAUUGGCAGUGCCAUUGGUGCAAGUGUUGCUCUAUUUGGUUUGUUGUCACUCUUCAUUCUACUGAUGACUAGGAGGAUGUGUGCUCACAGGAUGAAAAACCUUCAAGGUGAUGGUGGCAUUAUCAUGUUCAGGUAUGCUGAUUUGCAACGUGCAACAAAAAACUUCUCUGAGAAGCUAGGGACAGGUGGUUUUGGUUCUGUAUUCAAGGGGGUUCUAAAUGACUCGUCUGCAAUAGCAGUUAAAAGGCUUGAUGGUGCUCGUCAAGGCGAGAAGCAAUUCAGAGCUGAAGUGAGAUCAGUUGGGACCAUUCAGCAUAUCAAUUUAGUUAAACUAAUUGGUUUCUGUACCGAGGGUGAUAGGAGGCUGAUUGUCUAUGAACACAUGCAAAAUCGUUCUCUUGAUGCCCAUUUAUUUCACAGUAAUGCUACAGGCUUAAAAUGGAGCGUCAGGUAUCAAAUUGCUCUCGGAGUUGCUAGAGGACUGGUCUACUUGCAUGAUAGUUGCAGGGAUUGUAUUAUACAUUGUGAUAUUAAGCCAGAGAACAUACUCCUCGAUGCAUCAUUUGCUCCAAAGAUCGCAGACUUUGGGAUGGCAAAGUUUCUAGGAAGGGACUUUAGUCGAGUUCUCACUACAAUGAGAGGAACUAUAGGAUAUCUUGCACCUGAAUGGCUUAGUGGAACUCUUAUUACAGCAAAAGUUGAUGUAUACAGCUAUGGCAUGGUUCUGUUGGAAAUUGUAUCAGGAAAGAGGAACUCAGGUACACAGUGUACAACCGAUGACGAUGAUGUCUAUUUCCCUGUGCAAGUCGUAAAUAAACUACUGCAGGGGGAUGCGGGAAGUUUGAUGGACAGCAAUCUGCACGAUGAUGUCCAUUUGGACCAAGUGGAAAGAGCUUUGAAGGUUGCGUGUUGGUGUAUUCAAGAUCAUGAGUUUGAUCGACCCAUAAUGGGUGAAGUAGUUCAAUAUCUUGAAGGUUUUCUUGAAGUCAACAUACCCCCAAUGCCAAGACUACUUGAAGCUAUUGCAGGGAAUGCACACUCGAAAUCCGAUUGGUACCUGGACCAAGCUUCACAAGAGGGGGGACUGAAAGAUGAUGGAGGCAGUGCGCCACACCAGGCAGCUCACCCAUGACAUGAACAUAGGUUGCUGCAGUCAUGGAGCAGAGUUUCCCUUCAGUGAUUGUCUAAAUCAUGAAAUACCAGUGGCGCUAUUAGCAUUUCUGAAACUAAAUUAACUGAGAUAAGGUAUACUGUGUUUUUCAGGAUAUAUUGUUGUAUUGCAUGGCAAUCAUUUGUACUCUCAUCAAAGGUCGCUGACACUCUUUAAGAUUGGAG